CGGGCGUGUGCGCGUCACUCUUUAUUAUUAUUAUGUUUUAAUCAUCGCAGCUCACUGGACUCUGAUUCCAGCCCAUGCUUGCUCUCGUUCUGGAUCCGACACAGCCCGCAGUGAGCGCUCUGAUCCGGCUUUAAUUCAUUGUGGAGGCUCGGUGCUGACAGCGGCAGCGGCAGGCGGAACGGCGCGGUGCGUCCUGCGCUUUAAUAACACUGGGUCAAUACACCGCGCUCCGCCGCAUCACCGGGGCCACCUCACAGGAGCUGUCCGAGGAGGUGUGUUGCCAAGGGCAACGCCUGAGUGAUGAUGUCCUUGUGAGAGUGGGCGGGGCUACCAAGCCCUGAGGCGGUAAGGAGGAGGAGUCACAGCCCCUGGCCCCUCCCCCUCCCUUCCUGAGACUGACCAGACGGAAAGAGACGAACACAGGCGUGGCUCUCCCCUCCCUUCUCCUCCUCUUUCUCCUCCCCUCUCCUUCCCAUUCUCCAGCCCUGCCUCUCCUCCUCCUCUCCCCCUCUCUUCCCCUCCUCCCUCACCCGUCUCCCCCCUGGUCUCCUGCCACCAUGCUGUGGUCACGCUGCUGUUGGAGAGCCUGAGGAAGCAGACUCUGGAAGGCGACCCUGCUCAGCCGGGGGACUGUUACCUGUCCCUGCUGGACCCGAAAACCCUCGCAGAGUGCUGGCCCCCAGAUGGCUUGAUGCCUGAGAGCAGUUACUGGCAGCUCUGCCCUCCCUCUAAGUCUGGCCUGCAGGGGGGGUUGCUGAGCUCUAGUUUCCCACCCGGGCCUCUCCCCCUGGUGCCGCCAGAUGCUCACCUGCAGGAGGGGGUCGACCCCCUGGACGGCCCAUCUCAGCAGCACCGGCCCCUGGCCCCCAGCACGUCGGCGUCCGAGCUGUCCCUCCCCGGAGCCCCUGUGGCCCCUCCUGGGCCUGGGCCCCCUCCCCCUCCCCCUCCUCCCCCUAAACGUCACUGCCGCUCCCUGUCGGUACCAGAGGAUCUGUCCCGCUGCCGCUACACCUGGAGGCCCAGCGCUUCACGGGUCUGGACACCUGUCAGCCGCCAGCAGUGCCAUGGGGGGGCAGGGGGCGGGGCUACAGGUGGAGGCGUGGGGGCUGCAGGAGCAGGUAUAGGGGUGGGUGUGGCAGGGGGAGGGGCCUGUCCUCUCCGUGCUCCCAGCUCGUCUCUGAACUCUUCACUGCACUCUUCGUCUAGCCCCACCUUCUUCAGCCUGGCGCUGUCUCCGGACUCCCCUCUACCCUGGAGCUUUCCAUGGGACCCCAGCGAGGCAGCGGCAGGGGGAGGAGCCUGCUGCUGCUUCUUCCCCUCCCCCUCAUCCUGCUCCUCCUCUCCCUCCCCCCUCCACCCUCCUCCGCCCCCUCAGCGCCGUUUCUCGCUCUCCCCUGUGCUAAUCAGAGACUCAGCAGCCUCUACCUUUCUCCCCCCUCAUCCGGUGCCGUGUCAGGCAGUGGCCCCGCCUCCUCCAGGCUGUGCUACCAUGGCUGGAGCGGCUAGGGGGGGCCCGGUACCCGCCUCGCCCUCCUCUGCUUGCAGCACGCCGUCGUCUCUGCGCCGGAGUCUGCCGCCGCAGCUGCCACGCUGCCACUCGCAGCCCUGCGACCUGCUGCUGCUUAAACCGGGUCUGAAGAGACGACGUGACCCCGACAGACCCUGCGCCCGGCCAGUCCUGGACUUCACCAAGAUGACCCAGACACGCAGCAUCGACCCUCAGUGUCUGGAGCGUGGCGGCGGCAGGCUGGCCUGCGGCGGCGAUGUCUGCAUGGGCAUGGAGUCCUUCAUGGGAGACUUUCGGGGCUCCUGCUCGCCGGCCGAGUGCCUGGGCAGGUCCAGCAUCGGGCCGCUGAGCGAGAGUGACGAGGAAUGCCGCGAGGACGACGAGGACGAUGGGGAGGAGGAGGCAGAUGAGCGCGAGGCAGCACAGCAGGCCGUGUUUGAGAGGGAUUGUACAGAACUGGACCUGAACUUAAUCGAAGAAAACUGACACAUUUGUAAAUGGAAGGCUGUUCUCUGUUUACGUUGGAGAAGUUAGUUUUAUUUUGAAAUUAUCUGCCCCUCCCCCUCCUCUUUCUGGACCAUCUCUACACUCCUCUCCCCCAAUCAGCAGCGCUCUCAGGAACAACACCUUCUCUCAUUGGAUGAGCUGGUAACGAGGCUGAUUGAUGACGACGGUGAUGAUGUGACUGGCUGUAGCGACGACUCGAUGCUGUAGGAGCGAGUCAGCUCACCUGAGAUCAGAGGAACCUGCACGCUACGAGUCCUUCCCCGAGUCAAUUUCAAAAUCUGCUUCAUACGAUUGCUUGCCAGUAGUGACUGGUGAAAGACGAGUCAACACAGAAAAAACACUCUAGGUUAAAAUAAUCUUGGUUAAAAAAGUACCGGACUAAAUGAUAUGACAUAAUAGUCAUGUUUGAAUUAACAGAAGAGUGUUAAAGGCCCCUGAAAAAACAAACAUUUAGAUCCAACUGAGGUGGACAUCAGAAUUCUGGUUUUAUCUCAGAAUUCCAUAUUUGAUUUCAGAAUUCUGACUUGUAUCUCAGAAUUCCUACAUUAUUCUUGGAAUUCUGACUAUAAUCUCAGUAAGACUUUACUCUCAGAGUUCCAACUGUAAUCUCAGAAUUCUGGCUUUAAUCUCAGAAUUAUGAGUUAAAUCUCUGAAUUGUGACUGUUAAGGCCAGGAUUGUCGACUUUGAUCUCAAAAUUCCAUCUUUUAUCUUGAAAUUUUGGUUUUAAUCUAAGAAUUCCAAACUUUAUCUCGGAAUUCCGACUUUAAGCCAAGAAUCCUGAUUUAUCUCUAAUUUAAUCUCUAAUUUGUGUCUUUAAUCUCAGAAUUCUGACUUCAAGAACACUGACUGUAAUCCCAGAAUUUUGAUUUCAAUCUAAGAAUUCUGACUGUAAUCUCAGAAUAAUAAAUUGAUCUCAGAAUUCUGUCCUAAUAAGAAUUCCCAUUGUAAUCUCAGAAUUCCAACUGUAAUCCUAGAACUCUGUUAUCUCAAAAUUCCGACUUUAAUCAUUGAACUCUGACUGUAAUCUCAGAAUUCCGACUUUAAUCAUUGAACUCUGACUGUAAUCUCAGAAUUAUAAAUUGAUCUCAGAAUUCUGUCCUAAUAAGAAUUCCCAUUGUAAUCUCAGAAUUCCAACUGUAAUCCUAGAACUCUGUUAUCUCAGAAUUCCGACUGUAAUCAUAGAACUCUGACUGUAAUCUCAAAAUUCCAACUUUAAUCAUUGAACUCUGACUGUAAUCUCAGAAUUCCGACUUUAAUCAUUGAACUCUGACUGUAAUCUCAGAAUUAUAAAUUGAUCUCAGAAUUCUGUCCCCAUAAGAAUUUCCACUGUAAUCUCAGAAUUCCAACUGUAAUCAUAGAACUCUGUUAUCUCAGAAUUCCGACUGUAAUCAUUGAACUCUGACUGUAAUCUCAGAACUCCAGACUGUAAUCUCAGAAUUUUGACUUUUUUGGUUCAGUUAGUUGUUUCAGGGUAAAUAUUCUAGAGAUGGUAGCUUUAAGUGCCCUGCUGCUGUGUUUUUCGAUGAUAUCUGACGCUCGCCUGUCAGGACACGUUGUUAAAUUUAGGCCAACCUGUCAGCGCUCUAUGACUCGGACCGUGCAGGUGCUCCUUGACCUCCAGGUGAGUUUACACAGCUAAUGAGUCGGAAAAGCUCGAGUCUGACGAGGCUGACGCUUCACCACAGCGAUGACCUGAAACCCCCUAUAUGUACCAGAGCUCUGAUUUCAGUUUCACCAAAAACAUGUUUAUCUGAUCUUCUGUGUAAAACAGUUCUAAUAAAACUGCUCCAGAUCAAGGAGGUUCAGGGUAAGAAAAGGAUCAGACUCGACAUUUUUCCACUGAACCUUUAGCUUUGAGGCUUCAGCUGUACUGAUGGAGUCUGACAGAGUUAGAUCACUGGGGCCCAGUUUGGCUUGGAUAGUGGAGUUGGAGCCUGUUUACUGAGGCUGAGCUGGAACACACCGGUCCUGAUCCUGAUCCUGGUUCUGUUUGUUCAUGUCUGCCCCUACUCGCUCUCCGCAUAUUUCCUGUCUCUAUAGCUUGUGUCUGUAGCGAUGAAGUGCUAUAAAGUGGGGAGCUGAAUUAGCAGUAUUAAUUCUGGGGUUCCUGUGGGAACACAGCUGGGGCCCUUUACAGUUUGCUUAUUCUACACCACAGCAAAAAUGAGAUGCCAAAUACUGGGAAACUGGCAAACUUUCCAGUUAAUCUCGCACUCCCCUACUACAAAGUCAUCAUUUCUCUGACACUGCAGAAGCCACAGGAAAUUCUGUACAGUUAAUUUAUUAACAUUGCAGCGUGUUCUACCAAGUAAGCAGGACCGUUUCUUACUGUCAGUUUGUUAUCAUUCCUUUUAGAUUUUAAAUAUUUAGCUCUCAACACUGAAACGUUUGACUGCAGAUAUACAGUAGGGAUUUAUUCAGAGUCUGGUACACAAACAUCUGUGUAACAUACCACAGUCAUGUGACUGCUACUUUGAUGAUUCAGGUUCACUGCUGUGCUGUGGCGUCAUCCUGUCAGACAGCGCCGAGGGCCGGCGGUCACUGAUGCUGUCAUUCACCUGAGUGUCCACACAUUCCUGUCACACUCCUGCUCCUUCACUCCACUGUGUGUGUGCUUGUGUUUACAAUGAGAAACAUCUGCACCUUUUGACCACCACAGAAGAAGAAGAGGUGGUACAGCGAGCUCUAGGCAGUGUCCUCACCACCAGAAAUAUCAUAUUAAUUUAUUAACGCUGCAAGCAUUGGUGACACCAUGAGGUUGGUUUAACAGAUUCCCCUUAUAUUAUCCUGACAGCCCUCAUGUGAUGAAGUGCUUUAGAAUGGUAAGAUACAGAGGGAAUAUGUGUUCUGGGGUCCCUUCACAGUUUUAGUACUCAGAUGUUUGGGCCUGCUGCUGGUUUGACAUCACACAACAAAUAUAGAAGUUCAAGACACUGAAUACUGGGCAGCUGGCAAACUCCCGUGUGCAGUCUAAACUCUGUAAAUAUGUGAUCAAUCUCUGGGAAAGAGCCUGGGUUUUCCUGCUGGUCCCUGGUUCCCUAUUCCUCUCCUGCUGACAUGCACAAGGAGCAAGGAAAGAGGCAGGUGAGAAGGCAUCAGGAGCGUCUGAGAGGAAGACUGUCUUUCCUCUCUCACAGACCAUUUAGCCUGUUUUAUUAGGUAGAGAUAGUGGUGCUUCAUCCGUGUGUUAAACGUGCUCCAACAUGUGUCGACACAGAUACAUAACUAUGCAGCUCACUGCCGACAAAAGCGAGACAAAAGUCAAUAUGAGGCGCUAUACUUCUCUUUCCUUGCAUUCAAAACAAAGAGCUAAAUGUCGUUUUGUCAAAGGGAAAACUGGAUCCAGAUAUUAAAUAUUUACAGUGUAUCUAGCGUGGGCUGUGAGCGUGUGAUGCUGCACAAUAUGAUGCAGUAUCUCUAAUUGCAUGCUUGUAGGACAUGGUGUAAACAGUUGCUUCUCUUUAUUGCUACAAAUGUGUCACAUAUUUAGUCUUUCAAUGUUGUCAAAAUUUAAGAUACAAUCUUUUAAAAUAUUAAAAUUAAAUGGUAAAGAUUAAUGCAAUCAAAAAGCCCUAAAAGUUAAAAAUAAACUUCCUCUGCUUAAUAAGAUAGGUGUGUCAAAGAAAGAAUUCAAAAUAUACUGCACACAAAUUCCUGCACGCUGUGUAAAUGAAACAGAAACAGGUAAUGUGUCCAAUAUUUUUGUUAAAUUUAGACACUGGAGUUUUUCUGCGGUUUUUGUCGAUUAUAAACAAUAAAUUGCCCGUUAAAGUGUCUAGGACUUCUAUUUUGUUGCUGUGGUAUAAAUGUUUGUUAAAUAACCAGAGAAUUAUAUCAGAGUUUAAGAUUCUGGUUUCAUGCACAUCGAUGCUGAAAUUAUGCUAACAGAUCUGAGUGACCCUGAAUUUCAGCACUCCUGUUCAGCUCCAACAGAGACAAUAUUUCUGGGGACUCCGUCCAGAGUAGAACUAACUUAGCGCUUACUAAAAUUUAACUAAAACCAAAAACGUAAGCCUCCUGAAUCUGCUCUGUGUGGUAUUGGAUUUUGGUUGUAGUUUUUAAAUGUUGGUGGUGAUUCGAAAGGCAUUCUUGGUAGGGAUGGAGAUCAUAACCUGGCUCCUCAAAGACUCAGUUCUGUAUUUCUCGAAAGCAAAAACAAUCACAUUUUAGCUCAGCAUUUUGAGCUCAGAAAUGAUCCAUUACAGUCACAUCAUUUUUUUUCUUACACUUAUACAUCUGACAUAGUUGACAAACAUCUGACAUUAACACACAUCUGAUGGAGUUGACAAACAUCUGACAGAGCUGACAAACCUCUGGGAUUGGGAUUGAGCUAUAGUGUCCCCGUAAACCACAUGUCCCCGUAACAUAGACAUCAGAUUGCUGGAAUUGUCCCUGUAAACCACAAUAACACAUGCACACACACAGUCCUUCCCUCUCCUGGUUGUUUGGUUUCAUAACACUCGACAUAAGCCUUAACUGAACAUAUUCUAUUAUUCUGUAAAUCAAGACGUUAAAAAGAAAAAAAAAAGGAAAACUAACAGAGAAGAAAAGGAAAUGUGUACUGUAGCUGUUAAAUUUUUAGUCCCUCUGUUUAUUCUUUUCAGCUGUUUUUUCUUAAUAUUUCUAAUCUGAUGUCUGAGCGAGGCGAGGUGUCGGCCAGCUUGUUCAGAAAUUUAAAAAAAUCAAGGAAGCUGGAGGGCGGAGGGAGCUGACGUGUACAAAGUUAGCAGAGAGACUCGGACAUCUCUUGUCUUUUAGAAAUGUUUUUUAUUGUAUGUGAUUAAAAAAAGAACAAUGACAA